AUGUCUCCAUUGGUUCCCACUAAGAUACUAGUAGGCAUCUCAUUGAAUCCGAGUGAAAGCCUCGAGCUUUUAUCAUGGGCAAUCGAAGUCUUGGCCAAUCCACACGAUACCAUUGUUGCCCUUCAUGUUCUUGGUUGGUAAAAAAAACUCUUGUUUCUUCUUUCUUAUUGUCCUUUUGAUUUGUUAGGCAAACUUAGUUAGUCAGUUGAGCAAAGGAAAGGGCGCCAUAUUCCGAAUUCUAAAUAUCAAACUCAAUACCGAAAAGCAAAAGCUUCUGUCAUUUCUGUUAUGGGUGAAUUCGCUCAAACCUGCCAACCAAAACAUAUAUUUCUCGAGGCCAGAGUCGGGUUGAGCUCAAGCAUAGAUGUGGGACUGAUUGAGGAAGCUAAACACAUGAAGGCAGAUUUCCUCCUCAUUGGUAGGAACAAAAGAAAGAACAGAACAAACAGUUUACAUCACGAAAUCACUAGGAAUUGCUUCGAUCAUUCCCCAGAAGGAUGCUCUGUUAUCUCCCUAAGCAGAAGAUAUAAUAUUGGAAAAGAGUGCAAUUCAAUGAAUAUUAAGAGAAAUGUGGUUUCACCAAGAACAGUGUUGAAUGUGUUUGAAGAAGAAUCUCAAUCAAACAGUUCUGUUUCAGGGGAAUCAACAACAGUUUCUCCAGCAGUUGAUCAUCCUGUUUGCAAGUAUUCAAACAAUUCAAGGGAAACUCCUUUAAAGUUUCUUUUCUCAAUUUUAAGGUCACCAUUUGAUGUUAGUUGGAGUAGGAGGAGAAGAAAUCAGUCAUUUUCUUCUGUAAAAAGAGAAGAACUAAACCAGCCUUCUUCUUCUUCACUUAGAUGCUUUACCUAUCAAGAUAUUGCAUUUGCCACUAAUCAUUUCCACCCAGAUAAUUUGGUGGGUAAAGGAGGGUAUGCAGAGGUUUACAGAGGAGAUCUUGAAGAUGGAAGAACAAUAGCCGUGAAGAAGUUAUCAGAAAGAAAUGUUAAAGAUCAAAACAAGGAGAAAGAAUUCCUUACAGAAUUGGGGAUUUUAGGUCAUGUAAAUCAUCCCAACACAGCAAUACUAAUAGGCUGCUGCAUCGAAAAUGGGCUUCAUCUAAUCUUCAAUUUCUCCCCCAACGGAACUCUGUCUUCUGCUUUGCAUGGAAAGAAGGAGAAUUCGUUGGAAUGGCCCAUGAGAUACAAAAUAAUACUGGGUAUAGCCAAAGGUCUUCAUUACCUUCACAAAUCCUGUAAACACAGGAUUAUUCAUCGAGAUAUCAAAGCCUCCAAUGUUCUUCUAGGUCCAGAUUACGAACCUCAGAUUUCUGACUUUGGACUAGCAAAAUGGCUACCAAACAAAUGGACUCAUCAUGCAGUGAUUCCAAUAGAAGGCACAUUUGGUUACUUGGCACCUGAGUAUUUCAUGCACGGUAUUGUAGAUGAAAAGACUGAUAUUUUUGCCUUUGGAGUCUUACUAUUAGAGAUUGUUACUGGUAGGAGACCAGUCGACUCUUCCAAACAGAGCCUUCUCUUAUGGGCAAAGCCACUUAUUGAAUCUGGGAAGAUUGAUGAAUUAGUUGAUCCGUGUUUGGAAGGGAGAUAUGAUGCUGUUGAAGUUCAAAGAGUGAUUCUUACUUCCUCUUAUUGUAUUAGACAAUCUUCAAUUUGGCGUCCAUCUAUGAGUGAGGUGCAGGAAUUUUUAAGAAAUGAGGAAGGGUGUGAUGUAGAAAGGAGUUGGAGGAUGCCAAAGUUUAGUGAUGGGGAGAUGGAUGACUAUUCAAUGGUGUUUGGCUAUGAUCUUCCCACAAGUAUCAGUCUUGAAGACAUCUUAUGAUGAUUAUUUUCUAGUUAUGCACACCUACAUAAACAAGAUGUUUUCACACCAUUCAUUUUAGUGGACUGGUGUG